AUUCGCUUGAAGCACCUCUGCCGUUUGCCACCUCCACCACCACCGCAUCUUCGAGGGCGCUCUUGGCCCUUGGAUUUUGAAGCGCACGAACUGUAAAAGCGUUGGAGUUAUUGGAUUUGCAGCAUCCAAGAGGCAUCGUACGGUGGCAUCAGCAACUCAACACUAAGGUACAUGUACCAAUUCUUCAAAAGCAAGCAGCCAUGUCAGCCCAAGCCUUCUGGGACAAGACAGCCGACCUCAUUGCGGUGACGGAAAAGCAUCCGUUCCUGGUGGCCAUGGUGGAUGGAACCCUGGAUAUCGAGAGCUUUCGAUACUAUGUGGUUCAGGAUGCCCUUUAUCUGGCGGACUUUGCCGAUUGCUUGCGACGAUUGGCCAAGAAUGAAGGUGUUUCUGCGCAAGAUUCGGAGCGUUUGAAUUCCUUUGCCAAGGGUGCCGAAGAGGCUGAAUUAUCCUUGCACCGCAGCUUUUUCGUGGAAUGGAAGAUAUCGGCCGACGGUGCCGAGCAAAUGCCUAAUUGUCUCCUGUACACCUCGUACAUGAAACGAAUUGUUGCCACGAAAUGCCACGCUGAAGGGCUAGCCGUGCUGCUCCCGUGCUUUUGGGUAUACAUGCAUGUCGGUCAGUGUAUGCUGAAACUUCGAGAAGAACUUGGAUCGAGUGUGAAGAGACCAGGUAGCUAUGACGCCUGGAUUGACAUGUACGGUGGCGAAGAUUUUGAAAAAGAAGUCAAGGACUACAUUGCCAUGGUCGAUACAGCCUGCAAGGGAGCUGACGAGACGACGCUCAAGGAGAUGGAAAAGCACUUUGUCAUGUCUUGCAAACUGGAGCACAUGUUUUGGGAUCAAGCUCAGACCAGAAUGGAAUGGCCCAAGAUUGUUGCUGAAGGAAAGUAGGCUUGAGUCUUCAAUGCAUAGGAGGCACCGUUUGGAGGACAUAAUCACAUUGUCAUGACUACAAUUUGAUAGUGGUCCUGUAAUUCGAAGCUUUCAAGCGCAUUUCAUUGAGAUGGAGCUCUACAGCUAGCUAUUGUAGCUAUGUAGGUAUCUUUUCGACGUGCGUGACG